GUGAUUCAUCAUCAACCUUGUACUAAGUUGUGGUGGGGAGGCAUUGACCAGCAUUCACUAUCACCAACAACAUAUGGCAAUCAUCUUGUCACGUGAAGGAAAUGUAAUUUAUUCCUUCAACUACAAGUGAUAUAUUUUUGAUAGUUUUAAAUAUUUUAACCAUGCAAAUAUAUAUAUAAUGCAUUUACAUGGUCUUUACAAUCUAUUGCAGAACAAAUCAUAGUAAAAAUGAAACAAAAUCCUUUUAAUUUUUCAUGACAAACCCUUAUUAAUAAAAUUCAGUAAAACGUAACAAAAUGUUUGCAAAAAGAAAAAUAGAUCCAGAACUAGAGAAGUUAAGAAACGAAGUACAGGGACCACCAAAUUUAGAUACAAUCAUUUUGAACAUUCAAAAAGUGUCAUCGCGCAUUCACGCUGCAUACUUAUUCGAGCAUAUUGGUAAGGCUACACUGCAGAAACUAUGCUUGUUGCUGAGCUCCACAGCGACAGGGAAAAUCUACGAUGGCUGGCAAGAGUUCGCAGCACACAUGGGCUUAACAAUGGAGCAGAUACGUUGUAUAGAUUACGAUUUCAAGGGUCUUCAGGAUCCAACAUACUAUGUGCUUCUGACUUAUGUGCAAUCUCCGGAAGCAACAAUGGACAAAAUUUUUAAUGCUUUGCAAAAGAUGCAACGACUUGAUAUAAUAAAUGAAAUUAAGGAUUAUGUGUACGAUCUAGUCGAUGUUCUGUCACAAUGUGCCAUGAGUGAAGGAUCUGAAAUAAUUCAACCUGGAUAUCUACCAAAAGCACCAUUAGUUCUGAGUCCUAUUUUAAUAACAAGAGAAUGCGAAACCGGAACAAAAGAAAAUGCAUUAAAAUGUACACCACGAGAUAUUCAGCAGAAGGUUGCUCUACUUGCAAUUUCCAAAAAUUUACAUACUAAACAGAGCUAUGGCUGCAUAGUUAUGCUAACUUUUGCGGACGAUGGUUUAUCAACCGUGGAGUGUAUCACAAAGAUAUUUAGAUCCAAGCAACCCCGAAUCGGCGUGCUUAUAUUGCAAGAGCAAGAGAAAGGCGUUUACAGUCAAGCUGAAGAAUUUAUAGAUGAUUGCUUUAAACAGGUCGAUUAUAUUAUACCAAUACUAACAAGAGGAUACAUUGAGAGAAUAAAUAAUCUUGCAAAAACGUACGAACAGAUAUAUAAUAAUUUGGAUGAAAAAUACUUGAAAUACAUAUAUUCCUUAUUGAGAUAUGAAUAUGUGAAAAAUCAAUGUUGCAAUAAUCGCGUGAGAUGUAUUGUUCCCGAUAAGGAUGUUUACACGGUCGUCCGAGCAAAUCUACAUCCCACAUUGCAAGCGUGGUUUCGCGAAAGUGAUAUCGAUGCUUUUGUUAAUAAUAUUCUCUUCCAUAAAUUUUGAUGUGAAAAUCGACGAAAGUGCUUAGAAUAUAAUAAAAAUUUUAUAAGUGGCCCUUAAUAAUUCAUACUUUUGUAAAACAUCUCAUAUAGCUUAUUAUGGUAAUAUUGAUAUUUUUAUAUUAACAAAAAAUAAAAGAAUAUUGUGUUUAUCUCUUAAA